AUGAGAAGCUUAUCUAAUGGUAAAAUCACACUUCCUGAGUUCAAAGAUUUAUGUGACACAAUAGAAGAGAUGUGGGAAAUCACAGAUAGCAAUAUAAAACAACUUGUCACUAAAAUUAAUAAAAUAGUCGAUUCAGGUCACCUGGCAGACACUGCAGUCCUUGAUAUUGCAGAUUACAUUGCACUCAAACGUCCAAAGAAACUCAAAUCAAUCUAUAAUUUCUGUCUCGAAUUCUCAGAAAACAGAGAUUUCGUUGAAUCAAAGUAUAAAUGCAAGCAUAGCGCACAAUUACAGGCUCUCUUAUGCAUGGCAGAAAUAAUUAAUGGAAAAUAUAACCAAAUUUACUCUGAAAUGGAAGAAGAACAAAUCUUCCAAAUUUACGAAGAGGAUUCAAUACAAUACAUCAUUCUUUGGGACAAAGUUGACCUUAUCCAACAAAUUUGCGAAACAUCUGACUUCGAUUUUGAUCAGAUCAUCGAUAAUAUCAGAGUUAUUGAUGUGGCAGCCCAAUUUGGAGCAUUGAAUUGUUUCAAGUUCUUACACGAUAACAACGCUAUUGUUACACACAGAACGCUCCAAUACGCUUACGAAGGCGGCCGUCAAGAAAUUAUUGACAUUUUGGAAGAGAUGUUUGAAGUGAACGACGAUUGCUUUAUCAACGCUAUUGAAUCUCAUUUCUAUUCCGGUAUCGAAAAACUCCAAAAGAACAAAAAUUUACGAUUUGCUUGGCCAAACUGCUUCCAGUCUUACAAUUUCAAGUUUAUUUACGACCAAGUCUUCAAUGGAGACGUUAACAUGCGCGACAUGAACUCCAGAACCCCUCUUAUGGUUGCAUGUGAUCUUGGAUUAGAAAUGAUCAUCUCUCUUUUAGUUGAGAACAAAGCAGACGUCAAUCUCAAAGACCCUGAGAACAGAACAGCCCUUUUCGGUGCAUGUAUCCACGACAGAUCUUAUCUAAGCAUCGUAAAAAUCCUUGUUGAGAACAAAGCAGAGCUAAACAUCCAAGAUAACGAUGGAUAUUCACCAUUGAUCGUUUCUUGCAUCACAGGUAAUAGAGUUAUCUCUAAAUAUUUGAUAGAUUCAAAAGUUAAUCUUAAUUUCCAAGAUAAAGCCGGGAAAACCGCUUUAAUGCAUGCAAUUCGUGAUUGCCCUGAAGUAGCAACAGCUAUAAUCGAUGCAGGAGCUGACAUUUCCCUUAAAGAUAACAAAGGGCACUCAGCAUUGUACCACGCGUGCAAAGCCAACGACCAAACACUCGUUAAAGAGUUAAUUGAAGUCAAGGCCAACGUAAACGAUACAAAUAAUAAAGGAGUUCCGAUAAUUCACUCAAUUGUCGAAGAUGGACUUACAAGUAUCGCUUUCUACUUAUUGGAAAGCGGUGGAGACUUCAACGCCACGGAUCCAGAAGGAAACACUCUUUUGAUGGUUUCUUGUCGCGAAAAUAAUGAAGAUCUUGUUCAUUACAUUUUGGACGAGAAUGCCGACAUCAACAUCGUCAACAAAGAGAAGAAGUCAGCUCUGAUGAUCGCUUGCCUCUACAACAGCUUCGAAAUCGUGAAGAUUCUUAUUGAAAACAAAGCUGACGUAAAUCUCAAGGAUGAGGAAGGAAAAACAGCACUAAACUACGCUUGUGAGGGUAAUGGUGCCGAUUCCAUCAAAGUUCUCGUGGAAAACGGAAAAGCAGAUAUCGAAGUCAGAGAUGCGAAAGGAUGGACACCAAUCAUGUACACUGCUAGCUAUGAUAACGUAGUUGUCGUCAAGCAGCUUAUUUCCUUGAAAGCAAACAUCAACGCCGUGAAUGAAGAAGGAUUAACUCCUAUGAUGAUCGCAGCUCAAAAUAACGCUUCAAGUGUUGUCGAACUGUUGCUCCAGAGUGGCGCAGACAGCAAAAUUGUGGAUAAAAGCGGAAGAACAGCUUUGCAACACGCAAUUGAUAACCAGUGCUCAAAUGUCGUUAUGGUUCUUCAGAGUACAGAGGAAUAA